UUAUUCACCCACCACCAUUAUCAGUCUGUCCUCCAGCCACAUUAAUAAUUGCGAUCCGUCCCUCAGUUUCGUAGACACUACCAAGAUCCUCAAGGCAAUGCUGGAUUGCCGGGUGUGAUCGGUCACUCUGGAGAAUAGCGUUAGUGCACGUUUCCUUUGACAUGCAAUGCGAUGAUCAAGCCCUGGAGGGUACGGAAUGAAAUCAAGGCUCGCUGCGUUUAUGCUUAGUCAUCUUGCGUAUCGCCUCACCCGUGUAUUGCUACAAUACACAGCCGGGGGUGGUUUUCUUGGACCUGCCCAUGAUGCUCCAGAGGUCUACAAAUCAUUACCUAUCCGUCUCGUACCUGAAGUUUUCUCUCGGUUCAGACUAACGUCAGGGACAGUCAUCGUACACGCUGUAGGGUACGAUAGUCAGCAACGGCAGCGGAAUCGUACCGUCAAUGCCCAAGAAAGAUGAUAUGGCACUGCUGUGCAUGGGAGCUUGCUGUGAAGACUGUAGGGGCAUGGACUAAUCUCGUAGAGGGUGCGGCGCUUCAUUGAGAAUACUUUAACAGCCUACUGACCUUGCAUCAGCGAGUCAGAAGGGAAAAGCUAUGCCGCAUAGCGCAAAUUAUACCGCUUGCUAAUCCUUCUGGCCUACAUUAGCAAGAAUACAACUUCUUUA